AUGUCAAUAAUUUGCACGGCGCUGCGCCAAGUUGCUUCGCCAUCGGGCGCUAGCUCGAGCGAUGAAUCGACAACAUCGACGCCGUUCGACACGUCCGGCACUGCAUCAAACUGCAGCGUGGAUUCAUUGCUAACGUCAGAGCGUCACCAUGACCUGGAUUUCCGGAUCCGGCAACGACUGGAAGCCUCUCGGCAAGGGAUGCUACAACUGGAAGCACUGCGCAACAAGCAUCAGAAAUUGAUGCAGGUGAGACAGAUUUUAAAAUUUCAUAUUGAACCGAAAAGUCAGGCUUCUUGA